AUGACUGUCUGCCAUAGCCGUAGCUGGGGCUGCAUCAGAGAGGAGAGCGCAAUCCGCUUAGCACGAUGUAUUAUUCAAACAUGUUUGCAGGAACUAAGUGAUGAAAUCAAAGAAAUAAUCCAGCAUGUUCACAACGAGUGCGUCGCUAAGACCGGGGUAGCGGAGGAGGAUAUAACGAAUUGCGAAAACGGCAUAUUUAAGGAAGACACGAAAUUGAAGUGGUAUAUGUACUGUUUGUUAGAGGAAGCCAGUCUUAUCGACGAUGAAGGUAACGUAGACUACGAUAUGAUGGUCAGCCUUAUACCCGAGCAGUAUUUCGAUAGAGUUCAUAAAAUGAUAUUUUCCUGCAAACAUUUGGAUACACCUGACAAGGAUAAAUAUCAAAGGGUUUUUGAUGUACACAAAUGUUCGUAUGAAAAAGAUCCUAAUUUUUAUUUCUUAUUCUAA